AUGAGUGAACAUGCCACCGAAAAGAUCGUUGAUACCGACCUGGUUGAAAAGAAACAUGAGACAGCCCUUGUAAAAGAAAAUAGUGAAACCAACGAAGAUCAAUUAUCUUCUCCAGUUGACGAAGAUGAAGGCAGAACCCCAACCAACGAAGAAAUGAAGACCUUAAGACAUGUGUCGGAAAAAAUUCCUAUAAGGUGUUGGCUUGUGGCUAUUGUUGAAUUGGCAGAAAGAUUCUCUUACUAUGGUUUGAGUGCUCCAUUUCAAAAUUAUAUGCAAUAUGACAAGCCAAAGGGUAUGUUAAAUUUGAGCCAACAAGGUGCUACUGCUUUAUCUUACUUUUUCCAGUUCUGGUGUUACGUUACACCAGUCCUUGGUGCUUGGGUUGCUGAUACAUACUGGGGUAAGUUAAAUACUAUUAUUGCUUUCUCUCUUUUCUACACUGUUGGUAUUUUAAUUUUAUUCGUCACUUCCCUCCCAUCAAUGAGUGAAACCACAGCAUUGGGUGGAUUUAUUGUUGCGAUUAUUAUUAUCGGUAUUGGUACCGGUGGUGUUAAAUCCAACGUUUCCCCAUUAAUUGCUGAUCAGGUUCCAAAGACUUUACCAGUUAUCAAAGUUUUGAAGUCUGGUGAACGUGUAGUUCAAGAUCCAAAUGUUACAAUUCAAAAUGUCUUCAUGUAUUUCUACCUUAUGAUUAAUAUUGGUUCAUUAUCCGUCAUUGCUACUACGGAAUUAGAAUACAAUGUCGGCUUCUGGGCGGCAUACUUAUUACCAUUCUGCUUCUUCUUCAUUGCUAUCGGAGCUUUAAUAAUUGGUAGAAAGCAAUAUGUCCAAUUACCUGUUUCUGAGAAGGUUAUCGCAAAAUCUUUCAAAAUCUCUUUUAUCGGUUUAAAGAAUAAGUUCAACUUAGAUGUUGCUAAACCUUCCGUUUCCCCAGAAAUGGAUUACCCAUGGAGUGAUAAAUUUGUCGAAGAAGUCAAGAGAGCUUUCUAUGCUUGUAAGGUUUUCGCCUUCUAUCCACUUUAUUGGGUUGUUUACGGGCAAAUGCUUAAUAACUUCGUUUCUCAAGCUGCUCAAAUGGAAACACACAACUUACCAAACGAUAUUUUGCAAGCUAUCAAUUCCAUUGCAAUUAUUAUCUUCAUUCCAGUCUGUGAAAGACUUGUCUACCCUUUCAUUAGAAGAUUCACCCCCUUCAAAGCCAUCACUAAAAUUACUAUGGGUUACAUGUUUGCUACCGGUGCUAUGGUUUACGCUGCCGUUUUACAGCAUUAUAUUUACUCCAGUGGCCCUUGUUACGAUGAACCAUUAAAAUGUGCCGGUUACGAAGGUGUCCCAAACCAUGUUCAUGUUGCCAUCCAAGCCCCAGCUUAUUUCUUGAUUGCCAUGUCUGAAAUUUUCGCAUCCAUUACCGGUUUAGAAUACGCAUACACUAAGGCUCCGGUUUCCAUGAAGUCUUUCAUUACGUCAUUGUUCUUACUUACCAAUGCCAUUGGUUCUGCUAUCGGUAUUGCUUUAUCUUCUACUUCUGAAGACCCUAAAUUGGUCUGGAACUACACUGGUUUAGCCGUAUCUUGUUUCCUUGCUGGUACCGCAUUCUGGUUCACCUUCAAGCAUUACAACUACAGAGAAGAUGAAUUGAAUAGCUUAGAUUACGUUGACGACAACGGUAUUCCAAACAACAAUCGUGAUCUUCAACCGAUCACUUCCUUUGCCUUUUCCGGUAAAAGUAUUGCAUAA